GCUGGAGUCGGAGUUUCACGCAAUUCUACCUCGCAUUCAUUCAGCUUGCCUAGGCCAGCCUCCCAGUAAUUUGCCUGCACUCCCGCCCAUUCUCAGGGCUACCAAUACUCGCCCCAUUAGCCAACAUGGUGAACCUUUUCAAGCGGAUGCGGAAGCUGAAUACUCGCCUCCUGGACGUUCGCGUAGGAACCGGCGCCGCAACAUUCCCCUCCGCCGCCUCCGCGACAAACGAAUUCCCAGCUAUCACCCGUCUACAUCUCACAUACGCCCGCAAGAUCUACGGCGGCCACCAAGGCGCUCGACAUUUCUGGCGCAACUGCCUCCCACGCCUCAAGUUCCAUAACCCCAGUGUGCAGAUGACAGUUAAACAAACCGACAACCAGGACGGUCCUGCCGUGCUGACGAUAUACUUUUCCGAGAAGCUCAGCAACGCUGCGUCGCUAAGUCCCGCGAAGAUCGAGGAUAAGUUUGCCCCACAACCGGGCGAGACGGAGAAGGCGGCCGUCAUGGAUGUGAGGAACUUGACUUACAAGGAGAUCUGGGCGAAGGUGAAGAUGAUGACGGGGGCGGCGGAGAUCGCGGCAACUGCGCAGGAGGAGGCAGAGUUGAAAAAGUUGGAGCAGAUGCGUGUACAGGCUGAGAAGGAUAGAGUGCGGGUAGCGGGUAUUCGGCAGGCGAAGAAGGACCAGGAGAGGAUGCUGCAGGAGGCUAGGGGAGAGGUUGAGAGGUUGAAGCAAAUGUAGAGCUCUAUUGUCUUUGGGUUGGAUAUAUCCUUGGUCUGUGUCUCUGCUCUUUAGAUGGUGGAAAAGUAUGGGCAUGGUCACUGUAGCAUAGCAUUCUCUUGUUCUUUCUGUUAUAUGUAGUUCUAGGAUCUCUUUUGUGCAAUUACAAACAAUAUUUUCCACUUCC